CCUAGCAAUUUAGCUAUGCUAAAAUAUUAUCAAAUUAAUGAACAUUUUUCAUAGGUGUAUCCAAAAGGAUGGACAGCAGUAUAUGUAUAUUUAGACAAUCCAGGGAUGUGGAAUUUAAGGUCACAAAAUUUGAAACAUUGGUUCUUAGGACAAGAGCUUUAUAUCAGAGUUUAUGACUCUGAUCCUAAUCCUGCAAAAGAAUAUCUUCCCCCAAAAACUCUGCUUUAUUGUGGGAACGUGCAAGCGCCCCCUCCAACACCACCACCAAGUCCAAAUCCAGUACCAGCGCCCCCAGCGUCUGCUGCUACUAUUACUACUAUAAAAAGGCAAUGGGUUCAUAUUAUUGUGACUAUCUUUGUGGUUUUGAUCAUAUGAGAUGGGACCUCAAGUAAUGCUGGUGCUUAUAAGUCAUGACAUGCAAACUAGCCUUUCAUCUUCUUUGUUUUUCCUUAUUUUGUAUGUUAUUCAAUUUUUUUUGUUGCAUUUUCCUUAUAAUAUAUUUAAGUUAUAC